AUGCUGCCCAACCACGCGGGCUCGGCCCGGGCCCGAGCAGUGUGGCAGCGGUGCCUGGCCUCGGCCUUCCGGACCGCGCUGGCCUGCACCAUCGUGGGCUGCGCCACGCUCUACGGGCCCGAGGCCUUCAAGCGGCAGGUGGCCUUCCCGGCCUUCUCCUACGUGACCGUGAUUCUCAUCGUGACCGACGCCACCCUGGGGGACGCGCUGCGGGGGUGCUGGCUGGCGCUCUACGCCACGGUCCAGACGGUCUGCCCGGCCGUGGUCACGUUCUGGAUGGUCGGGCCGGGCCGGUUCAGCGGGGCAACCAUUUCGCUGGCCGUGGCGGUGAACGCGUUCGUCGUGGCGGUGCCGGAAGGGACCCACGUGGUGGCCAAGAGGAUCGCGUUGGGCCAGAUUGUGAUCAUCUACGUGGUGGGAUAUAUUAACGGGGCGGAGACGCAGGCGGUCAUGCAUCCGCUGCAUGUGGCGGCCAGCACCGCCGUCGGCGUUGUGGCGUGUGUUUUGGCUCUGUUGCUGCCGUAUCCGAGAUUGGCCUGCUGGGAGGUGAAGAAAAACUGCAAGCUGGCGGCUGAAAAUGCUUCCGAGAGGCUGAAAUUAUACGUGAAAGCGUCUUGCGCCGAUGAUAAGGCUUCAGCCUCUGCCUCCCUCACCAGAGCCAAAGCUUUGGCUUCUGAUGCACCCAAAUUCCUCCAAAAGAUUAGGCUCCACCAGGAAAGCAUGAGAUGGGAAACUUUUCCUUUGAUCCUGCUCCGGCAGAGUCCUCCGCCGAGCCCCGUACCCAAGUUGCAGGAAGUUGAGAUGCUUCUAAGAGGAAUGGAAAUGGGUUUAGUAGCUGACACUACUACUAAUAGCAGCUCCUCGAUGUUCACCGACGGAGAAUCCAAACAAAGCUUGUUGCAGUUACAAGAACACAUCACUCGAGCUAUCAAGCAGGUGGCCAGAACGAAUUCCUUCCAUUCCGAUUCUUCUCCCACCGUCCCCGAAUCGAAUGCCGAUGAUGUCACGAGCUCGCUUGAGAAGAUAACCAGAACAAUCCCAACCAGCCCUGCCGAUCUGCCAUCAUUUUUCUUCUGUCAAUGUAUCAAACACCUUGUCUGCAUAUCUUCACCCGAAGCAAAAUCGGUCGCCGUCGAACAACCAAAGGAAGGGUCAAGUACUCCUCCAUCGAAGGGAAAUGGGUUCUUGUUGAAUGCUUGGAAGAGUGUGAGCUUCGGCAGCAAGAACAGAGUUUUGCCGGCGGUCAAAUGCUCUGUUUCUCUAGGCAUGGCUGUCCUGUUUGGGUUGAUGUACAGCAAGGAGAACGGGUACUGGUCGGGUCUCCCCGUGGCGAUCAGCUUGGCCGCCACCGUCAGAGAAGCGACGUUCACUGUCGCAAAUGUCAAGGCGCAGGGCACCGUGUUGGGGACUGUCUAUGGCGUCGUGGGUUGCUUCGUCUUCGAACGGUUUUUACCUGUCAGGUUUAUGUCUCUGCUUCCGUGGUUCGUCAUCACCAGCUUCCUCCGCAGGAAUCGGAUGUACGGCCAGGCGGGUGGGAUCUCCGCCGUCAUCGGAGCGAUACUCAUACUGGGUCGGAAAAACUUCGGCCCCCCGAGCGAAUUUGCGAUCGCGAGAAUCAUCGAGACCUUCAUCGGGCUAUCCUGUUCGAUUUUCGUGGAUCUUCUGCUCCACCCUACUAGAGCCGCUUCUUUGGCUAAACUUUCGCUCUCUGAAAGUUUUGCCGCAUUGGGUUCGGCCGUUGACCUCUUAAGCCUCCGCGGCGACGCAUCCACGGCAUUGUUGGAGAGCCACAAGAGGUUGAAAUCUGAGGUGGAAGAGCUGAGGAAACUAGUUGGGGAAGCUGAAUUGGAACCAAACUUCUGGUUUUUGCCCUUCCCCAGUGCUUGUUAUGGCAAGCUGCUUGUGUCAUUGUCGAAUAUGGCGGAUCUAUUGCUCUUCAGUGCCAAAUUAGAAUCGCUCAGGCUCGGAGAUUCUGAUGGGGUGGAAAAUACUCGAAACGGUGUUGUGGCUAACCUAGAUGUCGACCUUAAAUUCUUCAAAGAUGCGAUGAGUCCGUUUGUAAAAUGUUUCGAGGAGGUCACCAAAUUGAAGUGUUCCAUUGCAAUGCUUGACGAGGACUUGAAGAGAAAGAACGAGGAAAUCGGGUGUGAUUUGGAAUCAGGAAAGCUACCGAAUCAAAAUGCAUUUAAGGUGAUGGAUGCAAGUCGGGAAAAUGAGACAAGGAACAUUGUGGAUUGCUAUCUGGGGCAUGUGAAAGAGAUUGUGGAGAAGUUUAACAACGUGGGAAAUGAAGAAGGAAAUGGGAGGGAAUUGGCAAUGUUUGGAUUGGGGGUGAUUGGUUUUAGCAUUAGUGGUUUGAUAAGAGAGGCGAGAGAGGUUGAGAGAUGUGUUACUGAACUUGUGCAGUUGGAGAAUCCUUCUUGCCAAGUGAAUUUGUUUGAGAUUUACUGUAAGAUUAAUGCAUCACAAAAGUUGAAUUGA